CCGCAGACCGAACUUGGCAGCGGAAUUGAGUUUUUCGCAUUUUUCACAAACCAAUAGUCCGAUUGUGUGUUUCUCGUGUUAUUAAUUUCAAUUUUUUUCUUGAGGAAUUUAUUUGAUAUUUCAAGUUGAGGUAUACAGAAACAACGGCAAUUAAUCUCCAUUAAGCAAUAACGAAGGAAGCAUUUCACAAAUGGCUCAAGAAGGUGAUAUUCCCACAUUCAAAUGCGUUUUGGUCGGAGAUGGUGGUACUGGCAAGACCACUUUUGUUAAGCGUCAUAUGACAGGCGAAUUUGAAAAGAAAUAUGUUGCCACACUUGGUGUUGAGGUACAUCCCCUUAUUUUCCAUACAAAUCGUGGCGCUAUCCGUUUUAAUGUCUGGGACACUGCUGGUCAAGAGAAAUUUGGUGGCUUACGUGACGGCUAUUACAUCCAGGGACAAUGUGCUAUUAUUAUGUUUGAUGUAACUUCACGUGUCACAUACAAAAACGUACCCAAUUGGCAUAGGGAUUUAGUACGCGUUUGCGAAAAUAUACCUAUUGUCUUAUGCGGUAAUAAGGCUGAUAUCAAGGAUCGCAAAGUAAAGGCCAAAAGCAUAAUUUUUCAUAGAAAGAAAAACUUGCAGUAUUACGACAUAUCUGCAAAAUCAAAUUACAACUUUGAAAAACCUUUCUUAUGGUUGGCACGGAAAUUAGUAGGAGAUCCAAAUUUGGAAUUUGUGGCUAUGCCUGCGUUACUUCCGCCAGAAGUCAAAAUGGACAAGGAUUGGCAGCUACAAAUCGAGAGAGAUUUACAAGAAGCUCAAGAAACCGCAUUACCAGAAGAGGAUGAGGAUUUGUAAUUUUUUCCUUAAUGCCGAUUUCACAAGUUAUCCAGAACACACAAUUCUAAAGUUACUGCAAAAACGAAAACGGCGAGAAAAAUAGAAGUACUAAGAUU